AUGGGAGAUAAACUUUCGAAUGAUAUACCUCAAUCAAAUGUAACUCCUGAAAGUUAUCUUAGCGACGUUCAAAAUUCAGUAAAUCAGUUAACCUGUUUUAGAGAAAUUACAGAACCAGAAAUAUUAGGUUUACUUCAGGGAUUGAUUGCCUCUAAAGCAUCCGGCAUCGAUGGAAUUUCAGCCAAAAUUUUGAAAAUCGCAGCUCCAGCAAUUACUCCAUCCAUUGUAUCAAUUUUUAAUCAAUCAAUCGCAACUGGUAUAUUCCCAUCUGAUUGGAAAGUCGCUAGGGUAGCUCCAAUACACAAAACAGGAGCUAAGCACGAUAUGGAAAAUUACAGACCGAUAUCUGUUAUUUCAAUUAUAGCGAAGAUCAUGGAGAAACUGAUACAUAAUCAAUUAUAUGACUAUCUUAUAGCUUCAAACCUACUAACAAAUUCCCAACACGGCUUUAGACCAUGUCAUUCAACAACCACAGCUCUAUUAGAUAUUACUAAUAGAUGGUACCAAAACAUGGAC